AUGCGGCCUCCGCUCCUGGCCCUGACCCUCGGGCUGCUGGGGUCGCUGCUUGCUGGAGCCUCCCCACCUGUGAAUGUGGUCCUGGCUUCAGUCUCCAUCCAGCUGGACUUGGCGAGCGAGACCUGGCUGGCCGCCCUCUCUGGAGGCCUGACUCUGCCGGCUGCUGCCGGGGCCGCCUCCGCCCCCCGUGCGCUCACUGGCCUCCGCCUCACCACAGCGUGUCACACCAACAGGGAGGGGCGCACCUCCUGUGCCUGCCUCUCUGGGCACCAGUGGAACGCCAGGGCCUGCUCGCAGCACCCUCAGUGCCACCAGCGCUACCACCACCGCCAGCCGUGCACCUGCCUCAUCCUCGGCCCCUCGGAAGCGGCGGAGGCCGGGUACUGCCAGCAGCUGCCGCCUGUCCCCGGAAAUCUGAGCCUGGACUCCUCUCUGCCCCUGCCUGGCAGCACGCUGCACCUCACCCUGCUCACCACCCACCAGCCCUCCCACCUGAACUGGCUCCUGUGGCGCCCGGGACAGUCCAGCCCCACCCACCUGCAUGCGGGGACCCGGGUGUCCCUGACCUCCAGCCGGGACCAGGUUGUCCUCAGCAUCACUAACAUCUCCCACCACUGGGCAGGGGAGUACAUGUGCACCUUUGAGGCCCAGGGAUUCCAGUGGAUGCUGCACCAGCGGGUGAAGGUGGCCUUGCAGGCGGCGGACGUCACUCAGCUCCCAGACCAGGUCUCCGUCUUCUGUGCCGCCUCCCCCGGCUUCCAGCUCCGCUGCUGCAUCCCCAGCACCCAGCUGUCCUACACGGCCUCCUGGAGCCCCCAGGAGGGCAGCACAGUCUCCUGGUUCAGCGCGCCGGGCUCCCGGUGCCUGGAGCUGGCCACCACACACUGCCCCGCAGCCGACACCACGUACACGUGUGUCCUGCAGAGCCCAGGACACACCCUCAGGAUCCCCGUCUCUGUCAACAUCAUCCAGGAUGGAGACAUCACCUGCCCCGCCCACACCACCACUGUGGCCUGGAACGUCACCAAAGCUGGCCAUGUGGCACAGGCCCCGUGUCCCAUGCACAGGACAGGUCUGCUGAAGAGGGUCUGUGGGCCUGACGGGGCCUGGGGGCCUGUCAACGGCAGCUGCGUAGACUCGGGGCUCUUGGACCUACUUCGCAGAGCCUGGCUGCUGCGGGCCGGCCAGGGCAGGCCUGCGGUGGAUGUGCCGCAGCUGCUGGUGCAGCUGGAGGAGCAGGUGGGGGACGUGAGCUCGCCCUCUGACCUGCUGGUCCUGCUGGCCACCAUGAAGAACCUGGCCAAGGCGGUGCGAGACGACAGACUGGAGCUUGACGGCGAGGCCCUGCAGGCCGCCCUGAGAACCGCAGACCGGGUCCUCGACAUGGACACCAGCGAUCUGUGGGCUCCUGCUCAGGCCCAGAAGCCGGCGGCCACCUCAGACUUCCUGCUGGCACUGGAGACGCUGGCACGAAGCCUGUGCCCGCAGGACCACCCCCUCUCCCUCACCCUGCCCAACGUGCAGCUGCAGACCCAGCUUUUGGGAUCCACGUUCCCCUCCGACUACAGAAUGACCUUUGCCACCCAGCCUCCACUGCAGGCCCUAAUUCCCGGGCACUCCCUGGCACCGCUGGGCCAUAACGGAACCAACGUCAGUAUCACCAGCCUGGUUCUGCGCAAGCUGGACCAUCUUCUGCCUUCCCACUACGGCCCGGGGCUGGGGGACUCCCCCUCCACCACUCCCGGCCUGGUCCUCGCCGUCUCCAUCAUGGCUGGGGGGCAGGCCUACACCCAGGGAGAGAUCCUGCUGGACUUUGGGGGCACAGAAAGCCCCACCCACUGUGUCUUCUGGGACUACAGCCUUUUCUGGGGCCAGGGGGGCUGGUCAGACGAAGGGUGCCAAGUGCAGGUGGCCGGGGCCCACCCGGCCAACGCUCAGUGUAUCUGCGGGCACCUCACCGCCUUCUCCACCCUCAUGUCCCGACACGGUGCCCCUGAAAGUGCCAGCCUGGAGCUGCUGACUCGGGUGGGCUUGGCGGCCUCCAUCGUGGCGCUCCUGCUGUGCCUGGCUGUGUACAGGCUGGUGUGGAGGGCCGUGGUGCGGAACAAAGUGGCUUACCUGCGCCACACGGCGCUGGUGAACGUGGCCCUCUGCCUGCUGGCGGCCGACUCCUGCUUCCUGGGCACCUCGCUGCUGCCUCCGCGGCCCCGCAGCCCGCUGUGCCUGGCCACGGCCUUCCUCUGCCACUUCCUCUACCUGGCCACGUUCUUCUGGAUGCUGGCGCAGGCGCUGAUGAUGGCCCACCAGCUGCUCUUCGUCUUCCGGCAGCUGUCCAGGCACCGCACGCUGUCCCUGAUGGUGGCCCUCGGCUACCUGUGCCCCAUGGGGCUGGCGGGGGCGGCCCUGGGCCUCUACCUGCCCCGGGACCAGUACCUGAGGGAGGGGGCCUGCUGGCUGAAUGGGGAGGGCGGCGCGCUCUACACCUUCGUGGGCCCCGUGCUGGCCAUCGUGGGCAUCAACGGGCUGGUCCUCACCAUGGCCGUGCUGAAACUGCUGCGGCCUUCGCUGUCUGAGGGGCCCCAGGCGGAGAGGCGCCAGGCGCUGCUGGGGGUGCUCAAGGCUCUGCUCAUCCUCACGCCCAUCUUCGGCCUCACGUGGGGCCUGGGCCUGGCCACCCUGUUGGAGGAAGUCUCCGCGGUCCCUCACUACAUCUUCACCAUCCUCAACACCUCCCAGGGUGUCUUCAUCUUACUGUUCGGCUGCCUCAUGGACAAGAAGGUCCAAGAGGCGCUUCUCAAACGCAUCUUCCACUCCUCGGCCCCCAGCUCCACCAUCUCCCUGGCCACCAGUGACACCGGCACCCCGAACACAGCAGGAGAAGAGGUGAACAGGCCAGCUGCCUUUGCUGUGGAAACAGCCAAUGAGUUCUACAAGUUCAAAAGAAUUAGAAGGAAAAUCGACUCCACCUAUUUCUGA